AUGGACAGUUGGGGCUCCUCGCUCUGCUUCCCAAACCUCAACUCCUCCUGCAGGCGGCUGAUGCUGCAGCCCCGCUCCCAGACUGCUCUCUUCUACACCCUCCUAGCCUCCAUCUCUCUGCUCACUGUGACUCUCAACCUGCUUGUCAUCAUCUCCAUCUCUCAUUUCAGGCAGCUGCACACUCCGACCAACGCCCUGCUGCUGUCCCUGGCUGUGUCCGACCUGGUGGUGGGGCUGCUCAUGAUGCCCAUCGAAGGGCUGCGCUACCUGGAGACGUGCUGGCUGCUGGGGAGGCUCAUGUGUGCUCUGACUCCUUAUAUCUCCUACUGUCUGGUCUCCACAUCUUUGGGCCACAUGGUGCUCAUAUCCAUAGACCGCUACGUGGCGAUCUGUGACCCGCUGCUUUACUCCUACAGAAUCAACCUGACUACUGUUAAAAUCUGUAUUUCAGCCUGUUGGGCGGUUUCGCUCUUCUACAAUGGGCUGAUUCUGAUGCGGCACUUAGAGCAGCCAGACCGGUACAGCUCCUGUCACGGGGAGUGCGUGGUGGUCAUCAGUCACGUUUCAGGAACUGUCGACCUCUUCGUCACCUUCGUGGUGCCCUGCACUGUCAUGUUUGUUCUCUAUAUCAGGGUUUUCAUGGUGGCCGCGUCUCAGGUGCGGGUCAUUCAGUCACAGACAGUUGCCGUCGCAGCAGCGCCAGCCGCUAAAAAAUCAGAGUGGAAAGCAGCCAGGACACUUGGGGUUUUGAUUAUUGUGUUCAUAAUGUGUUUCUGUCCAUAUUACAUUCCCUCCCUGGCAGGCGAGAACACCUCUAACAGCCUGUCCUACUUUGCUGCGUUGUCAUGGCUCCUGCUUAUUAACUCCUGCUUGAAUCCUGUCAUCUACGCUCUGUUCUACCCCUGGUUCAGAAGAGCAGUGAGGUUCAUCUUUACUUUUAAAAUACUGCAGCCUCACUCCCGGGAGAUGAAGAUCCUGUAG